GGAUAUUGUAUUAAAUAGAUCAUCUUAAAACAAGGAUGUUUUUGCUUUUAUUACUCCUUUAUAAAAACUUCCUUAUAUUUUAUUUUCACAACUGUUUUCAUCAUAACAAAUAACAAUGCAUGUAAAUCAUACUUCAAAAAUGGUGUCAUUGAAGAGAAAUCUUACUUCUUUCGCGCUUUUAGCGCUCUUCGUUACCGUUCAUCUUCCAUUUGCUUCUUGUUCAUCCCUCAAAGAAACGCUCCCCGCUUUCGCUCACAUAAACAAUGUUAACCGCGAUGAAUUACUAAGCCCGAAGAUGAGAUUUGAAGUAACAGUUCAUGGGGUUCUCCUUUGGGCAUCCUUAGGAUUCCUUAUGCCUAUAGGGAUACUUCUUAUCAGAUUAUCCAACAAAGAGGAAAACGGAACUAGACUCAAACUUUACUUUUACUUCCAUCUCGUAGUACAGAUACUCUCAUUGUCCAUUGGCACAGUCGGAGCAAUAAAGUCGAUCAAAACCUUUGAGAAUUCUUUCAAUAACAACCAUCAGAGAAUUGGUCUAGUACUUUAUAUCGCCAUUUGGGUUCAAGCCGUGAUUGGAUUUUGUAGACCGAAUAGAGGAACCAAAAAAAGAAGCCUAUGGUAUUUCUUUCACUGGAUAUUUGGCACAAUGACAUGCAUAGUGGGAAUUCUCAACAUAUACACUGGCUUAGAAGCUUACAAGAAGAGGACCAAUCGAAGUGUGACACUUUGGAUAAUUUUAUUCACAGCUGAAAUUUCUUCAAUGGCUUUCUUUUAUCUUUUCCAAGACAAAUGGGAUUACAUGCAAAAGCAAGGUGUGUGUUUAGGGGAAGGUGGACAAGUAAGACCUUCUGAUGAUCAAGAGAGCUCUAUAAAAAAUAAUGAUAAAAGAGAUUUGUGGAAGGAGCCUUGUUCUAAAGUCAAUGCAUUCAAAAAUUUGUUCAAAUAAUUCAUAAUUAACAUAUAUUUGAUAUAUAUUGUUUUCUUAUUCUUA